AGAGGUGAAGCUGAGUGAUGCUUCCAUUUCAGGUUCUUGGGGGCAGCCAAAAUGAUGUCCUUUGUCCCUCUGCUCCUGGUGGGCAUCCUGUUCCCUGCCAUCCCUGCCAAGCAAUUUACAAAAUGUGAGCUGUCCCAGGAGCUGAAAGCCAUGGAUGGUUAUAGAGGCAUCUCUUUGCCUGAAUUCAUCUGUACCAUGUUUCACACCAGUGGUUAUGAUACACGAGCCAUAGCUGAAAACAAGGGCAGCACGGAAUAUGGACUCUUCCAGAUCAGUAAUAAGCAUUGGUGCAAGAGCAACCAGAUCCCUCAGUCAAGGAAUAUCUGUGACAUCUCCUGUGACAAGUUCCUGGAUGAUGACAUUACUGAUGACAUAAUGUGUGCCAAGAAGAUCCUGGACAUUAAAGGAAUUGACUACUGGUUGGCCCAUAAAGCCCUCUGCACUGAUAACCUGGAACAGUGGCUUUGUGAGAAGUUGUGAGCGUGUGCUGUCCUUGCCAGUCCUGCCCGGUCCACACUCCCGGAAUGUCUCUUCCCUGAUGCUACCUCAGUUUGCUUCUUUCUUUUCCCCUAAAGCUUAUCUGACUCUGAGCCUUGGGCCCUGUAGUGACACCACUGAACUCUUGAGGACUAUUUUCCAGGGAUGCCUGAGUGGUACACUGAGCUCUAGACCCUUGCUCAUUGUCCCCGAUGACACUUUCACUACAGCACAGAUUUCACCUCUGUCUUAAAUAAAGGGCCCAAUUUGGAGUCA